AUGAUCGGUUUAAUAGCUGUUUCAGUUGGCUGCUGUUCAUUAUUGCUUAUUCGAUUAUUAUUUCGAAAACGUAUUAGCAUCAACGGAAAGACAGUUUUAAUUACUGGUGCUUCAUCAGGUCUCGGCGAAGCAUUAGCAAGACAUCUUUUCAAUAAACAAUGUCAAUUAAUUCUAUUAGCAAGACGAAUAGAUCGUCUCGAAAAUCUACGAAAUGAACUUAUUAACUUACAUCCUUCCUAUCCACAACCAAAGCUCGUUCAAAUAGAUUUAUCUAAUUACGAGCAAUUUUCCUCAUCAACAUUAAUGAAUAUACUUGAACACGAGCCAAUCGACUGCUUAAUUAAUAAUGCUGGUAUCAGCCAACGUUCGUCCGCGCUCGAUACCUCCAUGGAUGUUGUUAAUGAUAUAUUUCGUUUGAAUUAUAUGUCGCUUGUCGCAUUAACAAAAUUAGUUCUAACAAAAAUGAUUGAAAAAAAACAAAAAGGCUCAUCAAUUGUUAAUAUAUCGAGUAUGCAAGGUCUUAUUGCUGUGCCAGAUCGUAGUUCAUAUUCAGCAUCGAAACAUGCCGUACAAGCAUUUAGUGAUUCGUUAAGAAUGGAACUGGGAGAACAAUAUCCAAAACAGAAUAUAAAUGUUUGUGUAAUUAGUCCAUCGUAUAUUCGGACUGAACUUGGUCAACAGGCACUAAAUCGACUGAACAAUAAAGAUGAGAAAUUACCUGACGACAAUAAAUCAUCGGCCUAUGAACCUGAUUAUGUUGCUGAACGAAUUGUUAACGCUAUUGAAUAUAGAGAACACGAUGUUAUUAUUGCACCGUUUCAACAAUAUUUAGCAAUUUGGUUACGACGAUUUUUACCAUCGGUAUUUUUUACAAUUAUGAUCGCAAGAAAUAAACGAUUGAAAGCCAAAAAAUAG